AUGGGGGACGAAGAAGACCGCCGCCAAGACGCCCUCCCCAACGACACGGCCAGCGGACGACGACGGCCUGCAAAGCGGAAACGGGUGGCGCUGGCUUGCGAGACCUGCCGGGAUCGCAAGAUACGCUGCGAUGGAGGGAAACCCGUGUGCCGCCAGUGCGCCAGACGCCGUGACGUCCCUAUAAACUGCACCUAUUCCGUCAUCUCCAGCAGCGCCAAGCAGCUCAGCGAGCAGGAGUACAUUGCUUCCCUCCAACGUCAGAUCCAAGAUCUAAACCAGGUCAUCCGCUCGCUCGGUGGUGGCUCAACACAUCCACGCGAUGGUGAAUCACCAGCCCGGGGCGUGCCGCCGCUGCCCAGUAACCAGCCGUCCGCCUCCGCGUUCGGCCAUGACAUCCAACGUCGACCCGAGCUGCCCGGCAUCGUGUCUUCUCCCACAAGAACGAGACAGCACGGUGGAAGCGGCGGCGGCGGCGGCGGCGGUGGUGAGAAGACCGAUGUGCCCUCGUGUCCCCUCCCCGAAGAAGGCCCUAGCCUGGUUAACGCAAUGGGGGCAAGUAUUUCAUUGCGUAGCCCCGUUGCGUCAACAUUGCAAGAGGAGUUCUACGGGCAAUCAUCGGUGCACUCCUUGCUGCAGCAGGUCCCAAACCCUGCAGGCCAGCGAGCCAUUGCCAAUGCCAAUAACAACAGCACCAACAACACCAACAACAACACCAUGGCCAGGCCUGGGCUGCCUGGCCCACGACAGCGACUUCCAUAUCCCUCGGUCGAGCUUGUCGACUCGUUGCUCCAACCCCAGUACGCAUUGCCUCCGCGGCGGCUGGCGGACAAUCUCCUUGACCUCUACUUUGACAAUGUCUACAUCUUCUACCCGUGGGUGCAUGUGCCGACUUUCCGCUCCCGUUACGAUGCGCUGUGGACGCUGGAUGGGCAGCAAGAGGAUUCGCCCGAGGAUGCCACCGACGUCGGUCUGGGAGGCCACAAGUGUCCGCUUCCCGUCUUCUACUGUGCGCUCAAUGCCAUGUUCGCCCUGGGCUGCGAGUUUUCCCAGUCUCCUGAAAAGCAGUCUGCUUCUGUCACCUUCUACGGGCGGCUGAGGGAGCUGUUGCGGGACGAGAUACUCGAUCACAGCAGCAUCUCUCACGUGCAAGUCCUGCUUCUCGUCAGUCACUAUCUCCUCACCACGCGGUAUCCGAAUCGGUGUUACAACAUGAUCGGCAUGGCCUCCCGCAUGGCCGUGGGCCUGGGACUGCACCUAGAGAAGGCCGGCUCGGUUCCCUCCACUAUAGCGACUCAGGUCCGCCGCCGCCUCUGGCACGGCUGUUUCCAGAUGGAAAUGUUCGUGAGCAUGACGCUGGGCCGGCCACCCGGCAUCAUGGUCAACGACGAUGUUCCUCUGCCAGACGCCAUUGACGACGAUUGCCUCCAAGGGAGUAACCCUGGACAGCCCGCACACCUUGUGUCUGAACUUCUCUUCAACGUAGAGAACAUCAAGCUCACAAAGAUACUUGGCAUGAUCCUGCGGCGUGUUUACCAUCCGCCACCCCACGAUGCCCCGUCGCGGCCCGACCCCUCCUCCAACGUGAGCACUCUAUUCCACCUCGACUCGUUGCUGCAAGAGUGCAGAAACGCGGUUCCCGCCCCGCUAGACUGGGACCGUCGCCCAGACACGCCGCUGUCUGGUAGAUCUCACGUCUUGCGCCGCCAAGCAAAUGUCCUUCAAGCCAGGUGCGCCGUCCUCGCGUCUGUUCAGCCCGUUUGGGUCCGCUUACCCUUUUAUCAUGACCCUAGGUUGCUUCAUCUGCGAGUCUUGCUGUAUCGGCCAAGCUUCACGGCAUUCUGCGCUGCAGCUCGCCCCGUGCCCAGCCGCCGCGAGGCCGACCAGACGUAUCCUCCCGUCUUGGACGACACCCUGCCUGCGGAGAGCGAGCUGGCCGAGUCGUUCCGUGCGCAGUGCGCCGCCAUCUGUGUCAAGAACGCCUGUGAGCUGGUCAGCUCGGUGGUGAGGGCCACGGCGGAGGCCGCCACGGGAGCGUGGUGGUUCAGCCUGUUUUAUCUUGUCACCAGCGGAGUCAUCAUCAUACUGGCCGAGUGCACGCAGCUUCAGAAGAAGGUGUUCGACGAGGAAAUGCUCGCGAGGGCCUGGGAGCAAUGCAACAGUACCCUUCGAUACUUCAGCUCGAGCCACGCGCGGGCACGCGAGUACCUACAGUCUCUCCAAGUGCUACGCGAUCGAGCUGUUUUGACCUACGGAAACCCUCCCGGCGACCUGGUCUCGGGUGCGGCCCCUGUGCAGCCCAGAGACGAACAGCACGUCGGCCCUGUAGAGGUUGAGGCUCAACCCCAGGAGACCAACAGCGCGUAUGAGGAGGGCGUUCAGAUAUACACCGAUGCUGCCUGCGGUACCGGCUUCUUCGAGCAUGAUUGGGGCGUGCCCUUCUUGUUCGAGGAUUGGGUAGCUGAAGGCACCGGCGGUUCCUUUCUGCCGCCCAACGGGCUACGAGACGAUGGCACCGUUGACUUCACGGCCAGAGGACCAUAG